AGUCGCUAGUAAAUAUUCGAGUAGGAUGUCCCCAACGAUUACCGCAGCCAUAACAUGCGGGGACAGUGUGCCGAGUAGCCUACUGUGAAUUUGGGUAGGCUAGAUGAAGACAGAGGUGUUCAUCGGUCACCUUGUUCGCAGACGAAGACUGCUGCCCUCUACUGUUCUCUACAUUCCUGCACAUGCACACAUCCUCUCCCCCCCCCCCCACACACACACAGCAGCUGUGGGGUGAAAGGGGGUUCCAAAAGAUUCAUCCAUGGCAACUCUUGCAAAAAUAACUGCAGAUUUGUGUCAAAGUAGCAGUUUUUGGGGAAGUUUAUAGGCUAUGCAGGAAUGCAGUAUUUUGUACAUGAAAAAUGCAUUUCAACUAGGCCUACAGCACUUUACUGCAAAAAUACAGUAUUUUGGACAUGAAACUUCAAAAUGGCAAUAUAACUGCACAUUUUUGCAGUUUUCUGCCUAAGUUCUUUUCAAUUUCAUGCCAUGAGAUUUGUGUCCUUGUGUGUGUGUGAACUGUGAAGCAUUAGCAGCUCAAAUGGGUGAGACAGAAAAUCUGGCGGGGAGAAGGGUGGGGGGCCCCCGAGUUAUCUUCGGUUAAAAGGAGCACGGGUGUCGACGGCAAUUAGCUAAUCUUGUGUUCAGUGGACUCAGGACUGUGCUGCUAGUUAAUCUUGAAUGGUGUAAUGAGAUUGAGCGGAGGCUGUCUACUACCAGUGUUGAUAGUGCCGUAUACUAGCCACACUGACGUCUGGACGCUCACCGUCAACUGCACGAUGCUGGACCUGGGCGCAGCAAAGAGACAGGCAGCUAUCACUGUUGAGCGACCUGGUUUUCGUCACCAUAAAAAAGAGAACUUUGUAUGUCAAUCAUCUGUGUCGCGCUCGGCGACAGAGAAUGGUGAGGAGGUCACCACAUUCCGGAGGCUCAACGCCACUUCCCCAGAGACGCCCAGUCACCAGGGCCUGCACCGGGAGCUUCUCCUCAGCCACAAGAGAGGCCUGCACCUGGAGGAGAAGCCAGAGCUGAAGCGCGUUCUGGAGCAGCGGCGGCUGGACCAGGACCGGGAGCAGGAGUUGGCCCUCCGCCCGCCCUCUGACCUGGAGCAGGAGCUCCGCAAACGCCAGCUCAGGCUGCAGGAGUAUGAACAGGAGGAGCUGAGGAGGCGAGAGGGCCAGGUGAACAUCCCCGAGUUUGUGCGCGUGAAGGAGAAGCUACGACACAUUAACCUGUGUGACGAAAGUGCCUGAGACACCAUUCCACAGCCAGAGUCUGGACGCGAGUCUGGACCGGAAUGUCCUUUCCUUUGUGACCAGUAAAAAAAAGUUGUUAGUGUUAGUGUUAGUGAUGUCAACAAUGUAUGGGAACACAUUGAUGAUGAGUGGACUGACAUUAUAAUAGUGCUGAAUACCCAAGCUGAUUUUCUUCAUACUUAGAGGCAAAAACUUCUAACUGAAGUGAAUAUUGAGCCUGGUGGUUUGGAGUAAUUGUUCUGUGAAUGCAUUAUUUUCUAUUUCAUCUUUUUUUUUACUUACAAGAGAAAGAAUGUGAAAACAGGCCAUCCCUGUGUCAUUGUCUUAAGUUUGACCAGUUCUUUCAAAUACCAUUUGUAUUCAUAAUUGAUACUAUAAUUAUUUUAUCAUUUGUAAGAAACCCAUGUAAUGCUAUACUGUAGAAGGCAGGACAGUUACAUACAAGCACACAUGACCUUUGCUAUGGUCAGACUGAUGCUUAUAAAGGGGGAAAUUACAUACAAACAAAUAAACUCCUUUGACCAUGUUUCCAACCUU